AUGUAUGCGUAUUGUUUUUAUUCUUGUUCAACAGCAACACCAGCAGGAACUAACGUUUCGUUCAAGAUGAUACCAACAUUGAGCCGACCAUACCAAUCAGUCCGUCUAUUGAAUUUGCAAGAGUAUCAAAGCAAGAAACUGCUCGAAGACUAUGGUUGUUGCAUCCAACGUUUCAUUGUGGCCGGUAAUCGCGCGGAGGCCGAAAGUCAAAUGAAUGAUUUCAAUCGCGCUCAUUAUAUGGUCAAAUCACAAGUUCUGGCUGGAGGUCGUGGCAAGGGACGUUUCAUUGGAGGCAGGAAGGAUUUGGGUGGAGUGGUUAUCGCCAAUAAUAAGAAGGAAGUGUUGGGUUAUGUUGACGAGAUGUGCGGUAAAGUCUUAGUGACCAAGCAAACCGGCAAGGAGGGACUUCUGGUUAAAAAGGUAUUGAUAUGCGAAGCAGUUUCAAUCAAACGUGAAACGUACCUCGCAAUUCUGCUGGAUCGUGAAGCCAACUGUCCGGUUGUGAUACACAGUCCUGAGGGUGGAAUGGACAUUGAAACUGUUGCUCGUGAAAAGCCAGAUCUCGUGUAUAAGGAGCCAAUUGAUAUCAUACAGGGUAUGACUAAAACACAGGCUAUGAAAAUUGCGAAGAACCUCAAGUUCACAGGUGUUUGCGCUGAACGAGCCGCACAUGAAAUUCGUUGUUUGUACGAGCUGUUCACUGCCGUUGAUGCAACAAUGGUGGAAAUCAACCCGCUCGUCGAAUCUGAGGGAAUGCAAGUGAAUGGAGCCGGUUUAGCAAUGGCCACAAUGGAUAUAAUUAAGUUGUAUGGCGCUACACCGGCGAAUUUCCUAGACGUUGGUGGAACGGUAACUGAGGAGGCCGUUGUUGCUGCCUUCAAUAUCAUCACCUCCGAUCCGAAGGUGGAAGCAAUUCUCGUGAAUAUAUUUGGCGGUAUCGUAAAUUGUCAGCUUAUUGCGAAAGGCCUAAUCGGAGCGUUCAAAAAGUUAGAACUCAAAGAAAAAGUCGAGGAAGGUACCAGAGCAAAAGAGGCUCUUCAAGACCUGAAAGCAAGUGGUUUACCACUAAUAACAGCCGUAGAUCUUGAUGAAGCGGCCAAAAAGGUGGUUGCUUCGGUGAAGAAGUAA